AGAGGUACUGAACGGCACCAAAUAUCUGACCCCGAUUCCUGGGAGUAGGGAGAGGCAGAGAGAGGGAGAGAAAGUGUGGGAGAGAGGAAGAGAGAGAGAGGAGAAAAAACAGGAGAGAGGGCCAUGUGAAAAAGGGGUGGAGGGGAGUUGAGAUUUAGUGCUCUGCUGGAUGAAACAACCCCCCACUAACUAACGGAGAGGGAAAGUAGCCUAAUGGGAAGAAAAGAGGGGGUGUUUGUACUGUUCAUUUAACACUCAAAGACGCGCAGGAAGCUUUUAUCGUUUCCCACAAUGAGAUCAGAAAAGAGGAUUGCUGUCUGCUGUAAAGCCUAGGACCCUGAAGAACACAAAUAAACAACACGGUCAUACUUAGUGGCAGCAGAUAACAAAGAAAGGAAGAAUGUCUCGAACUGAAGAGGUCAACAAGAUGACAGAAAACGUCUAUAAGGGGAUUCUGGACCAGUUCAACCCCAGUCUGAAGAACUUUGUGACCAUGGGGAAACACUACGAAAAAGCCCUGACAGGAGUAACUGUGGCUGCCAAAGGGUACUUUGACGCUCUGGUGAAACUCGGAGAGCUGGCGAGCGACAGUCAAGGCUCCAAAGAGCUGGGAGACACACUGUUUCAGAUGGCGGAGGUCCACAGACAGAUUCAGGUGCAGCUGGAAGACGUGUUAAAACUGUUUCACUCUGAGCUGCUCGCCCAGUUAGAGCAGAAACUGGAACUGGAUAUUAAAUACCUCACAGCCACCUUAAAGAAGUAUCAGAGUGAGCGGAGGUCAAAAUCUGAGUCUAUCGAGCGCUGCCAGUCCCAGCUGAAGAAACUACGCAGGAAGAGCCAGGGCAGUCGUCACCCCAACAAAUACGGAGACAGAGAGAUGCAGUUUGUGGAGCUGAUGAGUCGACGCCAAGGUGAGCUAGACACGCUGGUUGCCGCGGGUUACAAGUCUGCACUCACUGAGGAAAGGAGACGAUAUUGCUUCCUGGUGGACAGACAGUGUUGUGUCACAAAACUGCUCAUCAACUACCACUCUAAGGUGAGAGAGCUUCUGUCACAGAAACUGUCAUCUUGGCAGCAGUCGUGUUCUCAGCCCACAAAACUCCCUGAGCGUGCUCUGAAUCUGCUCCGUCACACUGCGCCUCAAAGCUCAGGGGCCGCUGGGAUAGCCGAGGUCCUCCGCCACACCAAGAUCGGCUCUGCGCAGCCAGAGCAGAGGCUUUCUGUUCAAGAAGUCCCUCCUCUGUUGAAUGGAGACUCAAGUCGUUCCCAGCAGCAGCGUUCGCUCCCAUCUUCCUCCUCCCAGAGUGAAACUGGUCCUCCUCAGGGCUCCCCUCAGACUUUCCGCUCUCUCUCCAGUGGAGGAGCUGCUGGAGGUUCAUCACGAGGAGCGUCUCCUCAACACACCAGCACACCCCUCAGUGCCUCAGCCAGCCCCCUCCCUGACAGCAGCGCCAGCAGCAACGCCAGCCCCGCUGCAUCCACCCCCACCACGUCCAGCGGCUCGGCCCAGCAGAGCUCGCUCCUCCUGGCCACCAACACAUCCAACCUCUCGCCAAGCCUCAUCCCCUCCACGGUGAUGUCGCUCAGCCAGAUCUCCCCGGCCAGCGGCACCUUGCAUGGCAUGACCCUCCCAAUCCCCCACAGUGCUCCUCACAGUCCUCCACUGCCCCACAGUGCUCCUCUCUCCAGGGCCAUGACUCCUGUGCAGCUACUGCACCAACAGGUGGGACCAGGAGGCAGCAACACCUCAUCUCCGUCACAUAUUCCCUGGCUGAAGACUGCUGACAUGUGCGCAACAGCAACACUUCCACUGCCGAGGAGACCUGUCAGUGAAAUGAGGCUGGGCGGCUUUCAGGGCUCCAGCCUCCCGAGGAUGCUGCCGUUAUCUGGACCUAGCCGUGUGGAGGCCCUGUUCGCUCACACUCCAGGACCAUCGGAGGGCGGCGGCGUAGGGAGCGGGGCUUGCUUACUGCACUUCCUGCCUGGUGACAAUAUCGCCCUGCUCAUCUCUGAGCCCAGAGACGGGUGGCACUACGGUCAAAAUGAACGAACUGGACGGAAAGGCUGGUUCCCUUUCUCCUACACUCAGUCCACACAGAGUAAGAUCGAUCACCUCGAGAGCUCCCUCUUCUUAUCUAAGGCUAACAGCACCAGUACGGGACAGCUCGACAAACUGGUGUCUCCAGCUCUCCCAGCGCUCACCCCGGAGUCAGAGGAGGAGCGCUCCCUUCCUCCCCAGAGGGUCAGCACCUUCCGCCCGCGGCCAUACAGCAUGGCCGACAGCAACAAGAUCACUGCAGAGUUGGUCUCUCCUCCCCCGUCCCCAACCAGGAUGAAUCCAUUUGCCCACAUCCGACUCCGAAAAACAGUCACCAACGAUCGCUCAGCUCCCAUCAUUGAGUAAGAGUUUUAUCCAGACAGCGAUCCAGAUCUCUGUGGUUUGUCAGUCCAUCAAACCUCAGACUGAAUCCUGGCAACAUCUCAGUGGGUCAUGUUGAUUCUUUACUUUGCAAAUUAAUCAGUUACAGACUAUGGCUGCGUAAGUAGAAUAUUUUUAAAUCAAAGUUCAAAAGGUUUGUAAAGGCUGAUUACAGUCCAUAAUUCAAUAUUGCGGAAAAUAAUAGAAAAGACGUAGAAACAAAACCACUACAAAAUCUGAAAAUUCUGAGUGAAAUGUGUACAUUUAAAUAAAAUCUAGUCUAGUUUUAAUGAAACAGAAGUGCGGAUGUACUUAGGUUAGUGUUUGAGAUCCACAUACUGUAUCAUCCAGAAUAACUAACAUUUUAAUUUUUUUUCUGGCCUAUAAAAGAUGCCUUUUAUCUCUCUUACUGUUUUACAGUGCAAUUAUUUUUCUCGACCUAACCUUUAAUGUAGUUUUUUGGUUGUUUUUAUUUGUGCCAUAUUCAGACAGGUUUUCUUUAUUGGGUAGAUCUGGGGACUGGCUCCUACCUGCAGGUUGUGAACUUUCACUUUGUAAUGAAGUGUUACAGAAAGAGGACAGGCUCCUACUCUAAAAAGUGCUAUGGCGAUAUUAUAUUUUUUAGAAAAGCUGCCAGAUUGUUUCCUGGUUUCA